AUGCAGGAGAACUACGAGACGGUGACCUCGCUGGCACGAUUCCCCCUUCCCAAACCUGAAAUGAUCGCCCGGCUGGAGCGCGGGGAAGAGCCGUGGGUCCCGGAUCUCCAGGCCUGCGAGGGAAGGGAGAGCCCAAGAGGCACCCGCACAGCAGGUGAUGGGAUGGUGAGUGAAAACACAGACGAGAAUCUGCAGCAGGAAGGUCCUGAGCAAGUGGAACCAUGUGGGAUGUUAUUGGAAAGAUCUGAAGGGAGUUUUUCCCAGAGGCAUGAGCGGCGAAAUGCCUGGGGAAAUGGGCACAAGCCAGAGAGGCAGCUGGGAACCCAUCAAGGGCAGAAAGUGGGUAAAUCCACUGAUCAUGGGGGAGUUUGCAAAGACCCCAAGGAAACCAGAGCCCAGCAGAGAAUCCCAUCAGGAGUGAGAGACAACACAUGCGCCGAGUGCGGGAAAAGCUUCAAUCGGCGCUCAAACCUUAUUUCACAUCAGAGACUCCACACUGGAGACAGGCCUUUUAAAUGCCUUGAGUGUGGGAGAAGUUUUAAUCAGCGAGAGCACCUCGUUAGGCAUCAGAGGCUCCACACGGGAGAAAAGCCCUAUAUAUGCCUGCAGUGUGGGAAAAGCUUCAUUCAGAGCUCCCAGCUUAUUACACACCAAAGAGUCCACACGGGCGAGCGACCCUACGAGUGCCCAGAAUGUGGAAAAAUGUUUAGUGAUGGCUCCGCCUUUAUUAACCAUCAGCGAAUCCACACGGGGGUUAAACCCCACAAAUGCCUCGACUGUGGGAAAAGCUUCAAUCGGAGCUCAGCCCUGGUUAGACACCAGAGAACCCACACGGGAGAGAGACUCUUUAUAUGCCUGGAGUGCGGGAAAACAUUUAGUGACAGUUCAGCCCUCAUUGGGCAUCAGAGACUCCACUCUGGGGAUAAACCCUUUAAAUGCUCUGACUGUGGGAAAAGUUUCUUUCAACUCUCACGGCUCCUUGCACAUCAGAGAAUCCACACGGGCGAGAACCCCUAUAAAUGCCUCGAGUGUGGGAAAAGGUUUAAUGACAACUUAAACCUUAUUACACACCAGGUUAUCCACACCGGAGAGAGACCCUACAAAUGCUUGGACUGUGGGAAAAGCUUCAGUCGCAGCUCGCAUCUUAUUACGCAUCACAGAACCCACACUGGAGAGAGACCCUAUAAAUGCCUGGACUGUGGGAAAAGCUUCAGUCAGAGCUCAAACCUAAUUACACAUCAAAGACUCCAUACAAGAAAGAAACCUUACCCACCUACCGAAUGUGAGAAAAGAUUCAACAUGAGCAAACAGCUUGGCAGAUCUCAGACCCUGCACUCGGGAGAGAAGCCGUAUAAAUGCCAGGAGUGCGGGAAGAGUUUCAAUCAGAGCUCCAACCUUAUUCUGCACCAACGAACGCACACGGGGGAGAGGCCCUACAAAUGCCUCGACUGCGGGAAAAGUUUCAAUCGGAGUUCGAGCCUCGUCGUGCAUCAGAGAAUCCACACGGGAGACAAACCCCACAAAUGCACCAAGUGCGGGAAGAGUUUCAUUCAGAGCUCCAACCUGACGACGCACCAAAAAAUCCACACGGGAGAAAAAAACUGUCAGUGCCCAGAGUGUGGGAAAAUGUUCAGUGACAACUCAGCCCUGAUUAAGCACCGAAGAAUCCAUUCGGGACAGAAACCCUAUAAAUGCCCGGAAUGUGGGAAAGGGUUUAGUGACAGCUCAACCUGUAUUCGACACCAGAGAACCCACACGGGAGAGAGACCCUACAAGUGCCUGGACUGUGGGAAAAGCUUCAAUCUGAGCUCCAACCUAGUUACGCACCGGAGAAUCCACACGGGGGAAAGACCCUAUAAAUGCCUCGACUGUGGGAGAAGCUUUAGUCAGAACUCGCAUCUGAUUAAACAUCAGAAAGUCCACACGAGGGUAAAACCCCACACAUGCACUGAGUGUGGGAGAACCUUCAAUCGGACCUCAAAUCUGAUUUCUCAUCGGAGAACCCACACGGGAGAGAAACCCUAUAAAUGUACAGAGUGUGGGAAGAGCUUCAGUCAAACCUCCAAUCUGAUUUCUCAUCGGAGAAUCCACACUGGAGAGAGACCCUAUAAGUGUAUCGAGUGCGGGAAAAGCUUCAAUCAGAGCUCCAACCUUAUUACGCAUCAAAGACUCCACACGGGAGACCGGCCCUACAAAUGCCCCGACUGUGGGGAAAACUUCAAUCAGAGCUCAGAUCUCAUGACGCACCAGAGACUGCACACGGGGGAGAGGCCCUACACAUGCACGGACUGUGGGAAAAGUUUCAUUUGCCGCUCAAACCUCAUUUCGCAUCAGAGAAUCCACACGAGAGAGAGACCCUAUAAAUGCUUAGACUGCGGGGAAAGUUUUGACUGGAGCUCACAGCUUAUUAAACAUCAGAUCUUCCAUACGGGAGAGAAGCCGUAUAAAUGUUUGGACUGUGGGAAAAGUUUCAGCGACAGCUCCACCCUUAUUUCGCACCGGAGAAUCCACACGGGGGAGAGACCCUAUAAAUGCCUUGACUGUGGGAAAAGCUUCCAUCAGAACUCAACCCUUAUUAGGCACAGAAGAACCCACACUGGAGAGAAGCCCUAUAAAUGCCUCGACUGUGGGAAAUGUUUCAAUCAGAGUUCAAACCUUACCACGCAUCAGAGACUUCACAUGGCCCAGAAACCUUGAAUGUGGGAGCAGCUUAGGGUGACCCAGAUGUCCUAAUUUUAUAGGCACAGUCAGGAUAUUUGGGUCUUUGUCUUAUAUAAAUGCCUAUUAACCCCGCUACCUGUGUCCCAAUUUUUCACAUUUGCUAUCUGGUCACUCUAGAGCAGCUAUAACUUGGGAUCUGAUUGUGCCAGCCAUCAGCAAAUCCAUACAGGGAAAAUGCCUCUUAAAUGUCCUUAGCAUGGAAAAUCCUUCAGAGUUAACGGGCUUGUCUACACUGCAGAGCCUUGGCCGGUAUAUCUCCGCUGGCAGAGUGUCCUAGUGGAGACGCAGCUUAAGCCAACAGAAGGAGAUCUGCUGAAAUGGCUAAACCACCUCCUGGAAGGACAUUUGCUAAGCCCACAGAAGCACUAGCUGUGCUUACACUGGGAUUUUUUGCCAAGAUAACUAGGUUGUCUAGGGGUGUAUGAUUUUUUCACACUGCUCGCCAACACAGAUCCAUCCAUGGCUAUUAGCCAGGACGGGCAGGGAUGAUGUCCCUAGCCUCUGUUUGCCAGAAGCUGGGAAUG